AUGUCCAACUUAGUUAAAGAAAAAGCACCUGUCUUUCCUAUAUCUAAAGUAAAGAAGAUUGCCAAAUGCGACCCCGAAUACGUAAUUACAUCUAAUGUAGCUAUAUCAGCGACCGCAUUCGCUGCUGAGUUAUUUGUACAGAAUCUCGUCGAAGAAUCGCUGGUCUUAGCACAACUGAAUUCGAAAGGAAAGACAAGCCUACGAUUAAGCCUAAAUUCUAUAGAAGAAUGUGUCGAAAAAAGAGAUAAUUUCAGGUUUCUAGAGGAUGCCAUUAAACAACUGAAGAAGAAUAGCGCACUCGACAAGAAGAGAGAACUAAACAUGCAACCGGGUCGGAGCGAUCAAGAGGUUGUUAUAGAAGAGCCUGAAUUGCAUGAGGAUGAUGGUGUAGAGGAAGAAGAAGAAGAAGACGAGGUAUCCGAAGAAGAAGAGCCCGUACACAAUGAAGAACUUCUUGAUGAUAGUAAAGAUCAACAAAAUGAUAAAUCCACGCGCAGUGUGGCAAGCUUGCUGUCGAGAUUCCAGUAUAAAUCCGCACUAGACGUAGGAGAACACUCCGACUCUUCUGAUAUCGAAGUUGACCAUACGAAAAGCACCGAUCCUUAG